AUGUCACUUCCUGGCCUAGGCCUUCCCGGCCUCAAUCUCGGUGCACCUAUCCACAACGACCCUACACCAAACACCGCUGUCCCUCGCCAUCAAUCUCUUCUUGCAGCUACAGAGUGGCGCUUUGAGGCUCCGUCGACUUCAACAGGUUUAUCCGUCAAGGUUCUCUCCGGUACAGCAGAACUUUUCGGCACCGAACUCGCGCCCUCCUUGGCAUACACAUUCCGCGGCACUAAAGGAGCUAUAUUUACAUGGCAGGGAUGUCAGUUGGAGAUUACUGGUGCAACAGAAGGCGAAUAUGUUGCAGAAGAGACGCCUAUGGUCCAGUAUGCGAAUGUACAUUUCGCGCUGGAGAAUGCACGGAACGAGAAGCGAACUCCCAGGGUUCUUGUUGUUGGUCCAGAGAAUAGCGGAAAGACCAGUCUGAUAAAGAUAUUGACAGCAUAUGCCGUCAAAAGUGGGAGGCAGCCUGUCGUGGUGAACCUGGACCCAAGGCAGGGUCUUCUAAGCGUCCCCGGUAGCCUGACGGCAACGACAAUAGCGAGUAUGUUAGAUGUGGAAGAAGGAUGGGGAACCAGCCCUAUAUCUGGUCCGACCGCGAUGCCAGUCAAGAUGCCACUUGUAUACCACUUUGGAUGCGGUGCCGCUGAAGAGAAUACAAAACUAUACAAAGCGCUGGUUACGCGCCUCGGGUUGGCAGUGGAAAGCAGGAUGCAAGAGGACGAUGCGGUGAAGUCGACUGGGGUUUUGAUCGAUACACCGGGUAGUCUUGUGACGGCAAAAGGAGGCAAUUACGAGUUAAUUCAGCACAUAAUAUCCGAGCUUUCAGUCGAUGUGCUUUUAGUUCUGGGCUCAGAACGACUCUUCAACGACCUGAAGAAGCGCUUUGGAGAUGUUUCAAAGGACCCGGUCACAGUGAUACGCUUGGACAAGUCCGGGGGAUGCGUUGAUCGCGAGGAGAGCUACAUGCAACAGCUACGGCAGGCGCAGAUUAAGGAGUACUUCUUCGGCCUCAACAAUAUCCCUCUCGCUCCGCACUCCAUGCUCGCCGACUUCACACACCUCUCAAUCUUCCGCAUCAUGUCUUCCACAUCAGCAUCAGUCUCAAGCGCUUUCGCGCCUGGCCUCAACGGCAACGACGAAGAUGACGAUGACUUCUAUGAGCCUACCGUUGCACUACCUUCGUCCAACUCAACUGCAAUGGGGACCACCUUGCUAGAAAAGGUUACACCGACGAAUUUGAUGCAGAAUAGCCUUUUGGCUGUGACAUUUGCAUCGCCAAGCGACAGCCUAGAUUUUAUCAAAGACGCUGCUGUUAUGGGGUAUGUUUACGUUGCUGAGGUGGACGAGGUAAAACGAAAAGUAAAGCUGCUGAGCCCAGUAGGCGGCGCUGCACCUAGAAAUGCGAUGAUUUGGGGGAGCUGGCCGGAGAGCGUGGUCAGUUUGGUUUCGUGA